AUGGCAGUUCUUGUCAAUGGUUUGGCUUGCAAGGACCCCAAGAAUUUUCAAGCUAGUCACUUCUCUUUCAGUGGACUUCACCUGGCAGGCAACACAUCAAAUUCUGUGGGGUCUAGGGUAACCACAGUUAAUGUGGCCCAAAUACCAGGACUUAACACUCUUGGAAUUUCUCUUGUUCGAAUUGACUAUGCACCAUGGGGUAUCAACCCUCCACACACACACCCUCGUGCCACCGAAAUCUUGACAGUCCUUGGUGGUUGUCUUGAAGUUGGAUUUGUUACAUCUAACCCUGAAAACCGUCUCAUCACAAAAAUUCUACAAAAGGGUGAUGUGUUUGUGUUUCCUAUUGGCCUUGUUCAUUACCAAAGAAAUGUGGGAAACGGUAAUGUUGUUGCCAUUGCAGCUUUGAGCAGCCAGAAUCCAGGAGUGAUCACCAUUGCAAAUGCUGUGUUUGGUUCUAGCGCAGAGAUUCCUGUUGACAUUCUUGCAAAGGCUUUCCAUUUGGACAAGAAUGUCUCUUUUAUGGAUGAACCCAAUUACCAAAAUUUAGAGAAUCGCAAUCUAAUUAAACGAUAUAUAGAGAAUCAAUCAUCGAAUGUGAAGGAGAAGGUCAAGCAAGAACACCAUGAAGAUAUACCAUUCAGCUUGUUAUCUUAUAAGUGUUUGCAUUUGCAUAUCUUUGAUGGCAUAUAG